AUGUCGACCUCCAUGCAUUUAUUGGAGAACGAAUCCCAAAUACGCAAAUCUCUCACUACCUACCGACCCUCCUGGCCACAGUUGACAUGCUUUGACAUGCUUGCCGCGUCCACGAUUUAUCUGUGCUCUGAUCGGUCAACAGCCCCUCCGAGAUCCUACAAAUGUAUCAACGAACAAGGCGAUACCGACAUUAUCCAGGAUCCUUGCUUUCAAGGGAUAAGAUUCUACGGAUUUAUAUUUUCGUGUGAGGGAUUCGUCAAGGGAGACCUUGAUCUUUCUGGGCGCCACCGCUCUAGAUACGCCUUUUUCGGUCCUCUCGUGCGCGCCUUUAUUAGAGAGCUCACAGCCGUUCAAGCAUCCACUGUUCAAAUUGUCGAUAACGAAUCAGGAAUCACGAAAUUAUCUCUAUCGGACGACUCUGUCUGGGAAAUUUUCAAGGCGAAAUGGCUUAUACCGAAAGGGCCCGACUUUACCACCGUCUUUGGUGUUGCACAUCCACUUUUUGAUGAUAAUGGAACUCCGGUAGAACCCAAAUUUCAGGAGUUAUGCUUCCUUGAUCUUCCCAACGAGCUGCUUGAUCUCUGCUUCCGUGAAAGCGAUGUCUCUUCUGCUUGGGCCCUCUCUGCGACUUGCAAACAUCUGAAAGCUGUUUCUAUCCCAUACAUAUACGUUUCUCGUUUACUUGGUGUGUUACCGAUAAACCUAAAAUCCCAGCAGCAAGACACUCAACUCAAGUCGUCCUCGACACAUCUCAAAGACCGUUCAUCACUACAGGAGGCGCGUGAACGAUCUGUAGUUGCACUUGGAUUUCUUCUCGGUCGUCCUGACAUCACAAACCGACUUCGAAGCGUCCGCCUCCUCGAUGAUUGGUACCAGGAUCACUAUGAAUACGCAGUCGAUGACAUUCAUUCGAUGAUCUGCGACGUUCUACAGCGCUGUCCAAACUUGACGACCCUCAAAAACCGAGGAUUCCGCAUUAACGAGCAACUUGUUGAUACGAUAGCGGCUUUAUCUGACCUUCACACAAUAUUUCUUCACGGCUGCGCGUUUUCUUAUCCUAUGGAUUCUUUCCCCCCCUCCUACCCUUAUUCGCUUCCUCAGCUACGGAGUGUCCGCCAUCUUACGUUGCUUAUCGACUACCAUCUUCACCCCCGACUUAGUAUCUUGCAGUUCACUUAUUUUUGCCCAAACAUAGUCGAGCUUACCAUUCUUCGGCGAAGGGGUCCAGGGGCAGUAGACAUACCUUCCAGAUUCUCUGACUUUGCUUGCCUCCAUCAUCUCCAGCAUUUGUGUGUUGACGGCUUACACUCUGCUUCCUUAAACAAGUUCAAGGAGUGGCUUGUAGUGCUAGGGUCCUCUACAACAUCGCAUCCACUAUCUCAUGUCAAAGUCGGAUUGGCAUAUCCCGAAUCCGAUAUCAAUAUCCUUCAGCUAGUGGAUGUACUAGACAAGUAUUCUAUUCGAUCAUUGUACCUCGAUGGAUUGUCGGAAGGACGCCCAGAGCUCAUUCGCGGCAUUGCAGAAAGGCUCCCAGGCCUUGACUCAUUAACUCUGCUGCGCCGAGCUGGAUAUCACGAACACUGGUUAUGCCCCUGGCCGGAGCCGGGGUGGGUAUAUGCGUCCCGCUUCACAAAUUUCACGAAUCUUCGUUCAUUUGGCUCGAACAUGCUCAUAGUGUUCGACCGGGUAACGCCUAAGGCUCUGAUUCUAUUCGAAGGGGGAGAACACGGUGAUUCGGUUCUCCCUUAUGCUGGACUACCCCCCUGGGAGCAAGACGAUGAGUUGUCAGCAGAUGAUGAGCGUCAUCGGAUGGCUGUUGUAUUUUCGGCGUUUAUUCCAACGUUGGAAACUAUCUCGUUCUGUACGUCCGUCGGAGGAAUUGGCUGGUGCAUCAAGGGGGUGUAUGGACAGACUCAUAUCGAAUACGUAGAACGGGGAAUCCCAGAUAGGCCGCGUUGGAAUCCUACUUGGGCGAAUUCUUUGAAGUCUUCAACGAUGAUCUAA